GGCACUCAAACUACACAGUGAGGGAGUGUGUUGUUUUUCUUCUACGUCCGUUAUUUUUGUUGCUUUUAUGUCCCAGUUUUUGAAACAACGCGGCUUUGAUUCAAACCAACGUUUCGAAUAACUGUGUUCCUCACCGCGGGGGCGAGAUGUUCUGUUUUGAUGCUCUAAUUUGAUAACUCAGCCUCUGACUCCCAGGUGAUUUUUGAACGCUCCUCCCUGGAGGACCGCUAACUGGAGGAUGUUGGAAUGGAUUUUGAUAGAACUGUCUUUAAUGUCGACAAGCCUUGCUGAUUUUGCACCCGUAAAACAUCUUAUAUUGUAAAACUGAAUAUUGGCUUGGACUUAAGUGGAACAUUAGGCUACUGGUCGUUUGACUCGAAGAUUAACUGGUCCCGUUUCCGAACAUCAUACGGCGGGCUUCCAAGAGGAUUAUCAUUCACACUCGAUAACGUAGCCUAUGCAGCACUGAAGACAACUUUACAAGGCAUGAAUAAAGGUCAGUAGAUACCUCAAAGCUCCAUGACUCAGCUCACUGCUGAUGGAAGAAAAGGCGUCUAGUAAGCCCUCCAUGGUGUCCAGACUGCCUAAGUUUGGUGCCCGCCCGUCGGGCGGCACCACUGUGCCAGUUGCCAAUGGCUCUGCCCAGGCUACGCCUAGCUCUGAGGGCAAGAGCGAACCCACCGGCAAGCUCAAUGGCCUUGUCCGCGCCUCCUCCUUCUCGCUCAAGUGGAGGAAGGAGAAUGGGAGCCCUGUGCAGCCUGCCAGCCCAGAGCAGGGCUCCACCGCUGGGGAGAAGGUGGAACGCGGCCGAGGGCCUCCCCAUGGUUCUCCAGGGCUCAGAGAGAUCAAGAAACCGGCCACUCCUGUCACCAAGGCGCGUCGCUUUGGCACAGUGCCGGUGACCAUCAGCAGCCCCAAAGCCAUUCCCAAGCAGGCCUCAAAGAGGAGCCCGAGUCCAAAGCCCAUGCCAAAGCAGUCCCCCUCCAACCACCCGGCCAGCCCCCAGAGCAACGGAGCCAGGCCGACCCAGAACGGCUCCUCCUCCUCCUCCUCCACGGGGCCCGGCAGGGGCUCUGGUCUGCUGCGCCCGCGGGCCAGCUCCUCGUCCCCGCGCAGCAGCUCCCGGGACAGCCUGUCCCAGUCUAGCGACAGCCUGAAGACUCUGGCGCACUCGCCCUCCUCUUCCGACAGCAUGGUGCGCUCCCAGAGCUUCACCAACUUCAAGCAGCUGCCUACCGGCGAGCACAUCCCGCGCUCCUUCUCCUUCAACCGGGCCGUGGAGCUGGCCAAGCCACUGGCCAACACCCAGCUGCGCCCGCCUGUCCUCCGGACCCAGCACGUCCUCGCCAAUGGCCGGACAUCCGGGCAGCAGCAGCUCGGCAAGGGGGGCUUUCUUGAGCGGCCCUCGGCCUUGGGGGCGGCAGGGUCCGCAACGCCGCCCAGCGCACUGAGGAAGCCCCUCCUGCCCAACUGCGUGCUGACAAAACCCUCCGGCCUGGCCUAUCGACUGACACGGUCAGCCGGGAACAAGCCACAGCGCCCUCUGCUGGCUGGGAGGAUGGCGGGUGACGGGAAAGCGGAGGAGGGCAGGGGAAGUGAGCCUGCGACUGACAGUGAGGUGUCGCCACUCACUUCCCCCGACUUUUCUGCUGACAGUGACAAGGUACUUUGCCUAGAUAAUCCCUCAGAGGACCACUCUAACCAGAGGGAGAAGGACCCCAGUCUUUCGUGUCCAGGGGAGGUGUUGGAGGACAUGUCCCUUUCUUCAGCGUCCUCCCUGGACCGAAACGACACCAGUGAGGAGUUCCUCGAUGACAACCUGGGAGACCAGUCACAUGACGGCACGCCUGACAACAGACAGCGGUUGGCAUCGUCCAGCCAGGCGCGACUCCGCAGUUUUCUGAACGAAACCAUGGACUGGACAGGAGGGAAGGCUGAUUAUGGGGUGCAGGCUCCCCGUCCCCCCCUGGCGGAGUCUCCGGAGCACGACUUCCCUCCAGGCUCGUCUCUGGAGCUGUCGCCGUCCAACAGCUCUGGGGGGACCUACAUGUGGGACGAGGAGGGCUUGGAGCCCAUGGGUCACAACUCACACUGCUGCGGCAGCUAUGACUCAGAGGGCAUCUGUGGGGACAUUCUUAGCAACCUGGAUAAUUUGGAGUCAUGUGACCUUGAAGAUGAUGACCUCAUGCUGGAUGUGGACCUGUCAGAGGAUGUGUCUCUGUGCAAUGAUGCAGACGGGAUGGCCCACUUUGAGCGCUCAGACCGAGGUGGCCGACAGGGCCACUGGAGGCGGAGGCAGCACAGGCUGAACGGACCUGACCAUUUCCACAACGACAACAGCAGGCCCGUGGCAUAUGACGGCGUGUGUCGGGUGGGCCCCAGGGCCCUGCAGCAGCCUGCAGGGAGGGGCGACGGCCACAUGGUGGCGCUGGAUGAGCUCACAGUCAAACACAUGUCCCAGGACUGCACCUUUGUCAAAAACCAGCUGCUCAAGCUCAAGAGUCUGCUGCAGUUGGAAGAUGGUCCUGCAAUUCCAGACAGUCCAGAAUCUAUUGAAGAUAGCAGUGCUCUCCAGUUGCAGGAGCUGAUGAGAGAAGUGCAGGGGUUGAGGGAAGAGCUGCGCUGUAAGGACCGCACCAUCGCUCAGCUCACCCAGCAACAGUAUCUCCACAAACAGCAACAGCAGACAGCUGCUGUGAGGUGCCACUGCCAGCAGAGGGCAGGGGCGUCCAGGGUGGACAGACGGGCGCACCACGACAAAUCCACCCAGACCCCCUGGAGAGGCCCUGCGCCUCCAGUUCUACAACCUUCCAGCACCUCCCCCAGCAGGCCCCACACCACGGGAAGCCUAGCAAGAACAGCCCACACAGGGGACCGCAGUGACCUCAGGCCAGCUGGGGUGGAGUCCCAUGGCCAGUCAGCCUCCACCCUGGAGUUGGAUGGCGCGGUCACCACUGCCCUUCGGUCUCUGCCUGACCCGGAAGAGCUCAGUGUGCUGCUCAGCAGACACCUCAAGAUCCACGACAGCGAGGCUCCACCGCCCUCCAGACCCCGGAGUCUGGGCCACCCACCCAGCUUGGAGAGGCCGCCAGGGGAAGGGGCUUUGCAGGGCUCCAGGUCUCUGACCCAGCUCCCACUCAGCCCCCGCGUCCUGCAGCCUCCUCGCGUUCACAAGCGAGUGUCCAUCCCGGUCCUGACGCAGGGGGACUCCUCCAGAGCAUCCUCUGAUUGUGUGGCGAAACCUAGUCUAAAGCCUGGGUUCGCGGCGAACUCAAGGCAGCUCAAGCAGCUCCCACCUCCAUCCAGGGGCCUCCCCUGCUUCAAUUCCGGGCCCCAGGGUGGGGGUCCAAGCUUGGCCACAAUGCUGCUGGGCCAGCCCAAGCCCCUGGGGCUGAGGAGAGAGCCUACUCACAUCCAGGUGGAGAAGGACACUGGGCUGAGUCCCAGGACCCGCACCCUGGUCCCCAUCAACCUCUUGACAAGAUUCCCCAAGCUAAGCAAGGCUGCUGCUCAGGACCCAGAGUUUGGUCCACGUAAGUCUCUCGAGGAGAUACUCCAAGCCAAAGAUCUACCACGAACUAAGCUCACCUGAGCUGUCGCACACCUGUGCAGCUUGCUCCGAACAACCCGUCCAUUAGCUGUGACUCUUGACUCUUGACUCAGCCUUAGGAGAGACUGACGAAACAAGUUCAUAAAGAAUAUGUAGCAUGUUGCUCAGCUUCACUUAUAAAAGUAGACACACAUGCACACCCUUUGCCCAUCAGUAGCUGCUCCUCUUUUCUAUGCAUAGAUUCACAAUCAUAGUGGAUUUUUUACGCAGUUUGAGAUGUUGUGGUGUUUUUGAAGUAAGUUAUAUUUCUCAGGAAAUCCCAUACAUAAAAUCAUCUCGCACCACAGGACCUUUUGUAAACACAAAAAAAUAUUUUGGUUGGGUUGAUCCUCCUGGCCAUGGCCUUUUUCAGGCUUCAGAGGGGGAGAGCAUCUGCCAGAGUCUUUGAUAUCAGUCCAUUUGUAAUGUCUGGCUCACAGCAAAUCGUACUAGUUUUCCCAGGCUCUAUUUGCCAGUGUGGAUAAGAAGUUUGCUUUGCUGAUAAGAGUAUGUGAGUGGGAGGGAAGUUAGGCAUGUAACACAUUUACUCUGAAAGUGUGUGAGUGUCAUAUUAAAGGAAGGGAUGUAUGACGAUUGGCUUAGACACUUCCUCAGAACAUAUCUCAGUACUCCCCUCACCUCAUCCUCCUGCCUUUUCUCAUGAAAGGUCCUCAGAGAUCAAUCGCAUACGCUUCGCCUCUCGCCACGCAAUAUUGACUUCACCAGACAUAACCCACUGAAGCUUUUGAAGAGUUGGGCACCCCUGUUAUCUUGUGUGUCCCUUUGUGUUGACCCUGCAAACAAUAGUCAACAGUGGCGCCUGUGACCUUAAGGGGAGACACAGACUCCGCAUCACGUGUGUUUGUGUGUGUCUGUGUCUGUGUGUGUGUGUGUGUGUGUGUGUGUGUGUGUGUGUGUGUGUGUGGCACUGUCAUGACGCAGAGUGUCGCCCUUGCAGACCCGAAAGCUGCUUUACAUUCGGGAACAUGAUUGGUGUCCCUCGUUCGUGUGUGUGCGUCUGUCUCCGUGGUAAUUUGGAUGAUGGAUGGUCCUGCCGUGGGUGGGAGACGGAGGAAGCUUCUCCCACUCAGCGUCUGACGGCCCCUACCCUCCUCCACCCUCCACCCACCCCCAUCCACCCACUCCCUCCACUUGUGGAGGCAUGAUUAGAAAUGAGCCCCAAUGAGUGGUUCCCUUGUUUUAUAAUGAUGAGGUCAUUGUUCCUGGAGUGGUUGCCUAUCUGGGCUGUUUGGCUGUGCAUCAUCAUUUAUCAAAAUGAAUUGACACAGGGGGUCCAUGUGGGCCUGCGGAUUGCCUUAGACAUUGUAUUCUGAUUUGGAAUUUUGUUGGAUAAAAAUGAGUGACUGUGAGAGAUUGCAUGAUGUAUAAAAGAAAAAGAAACAUGUUGAAGGAUGUCAGUCCUGUACUAUCAGAGAAGUCAAAAACAAGAUGACUGACGGGUCAAUAGUUUUGGCUCCACAGGGUUAGUCAUCAACAGUUUUGGUUUAAUUGAUUUGAGAUACAGUAUUAUUUAAAAGACUAAUAUAAACAUCAAACAUAAAUCGUUUAGAUCAGACACAAUUAAAGUACCUAAAGAGGUAACCAAAGAAUCUUUUUUCCACAUCUAUUAGAAGUCUGGUGGUUGUCAGGAGAAAAUGGGCAUAAAUGCACUCUCAAGGAUAGCUAUUAUAAAGGACAUAAUGAAAAACCGA